AUGGGGAGAACAACGAAGCUCUUGCUGGCCGGUGGUUCUUUCUUGUUGAUAGGAAUAUCGAUGGUGGGCAGCCUGGUGCCAGGAGGUCUCAUCGCAGGGCUCAUAAUUGCGGGUAUUGUUACAAUUCUAAUCCCUUUAAUAAAACGUGUUUCUUCGUUUGUUUCCGGUAAGACACCCGGUGGAGGCCGUGAAGAACCAGAAGAGGAAGAGGAGGCUGAGGCAGGUGGUGGUGGUGGUGCUGAAGAGGUGCCCAGAGGAGGAUACGCAGAGGAAGAAGAAGAGUAA